CAGCAGACGCCUGAAAACGAGCUCUCCUUCCAAGCAUUCGAAUGGCACACGAGAUCAGAACCGCCUAAGCCGCACGAGACGCAUAGUGGGAAUUCGCACUGGGGAAGACUUGCACGUAUCCUGCCUUCGCUAGCAGAGUUGGGAGUGACGUCUCUUUGGCUUCCACCAGGCUGCAAAGCCAACAAUCCGCAGGGCAACGGCUACGACUGCUAUGACCUUUGGGAUCUUGGUGAGUUUGAUCAAAAAUGGACGAGGAGUACCAAAUGGGGAAGCCGGGAAGAGCUACGCGAUUUGGUCGAAACGGCCAAACAGUGUGGGAAUCGAGGUGUGGAACUGAUAUGGGAUGCGGUUCUCAACCAUAAGACCGCUGGAGAUGCUAUAGAUGAGACGUGGGCUGUUGAAGUGGACCAUCAAGAUCGCAGAAUAGAGAUAUGUGAUCCGAAGAAGGUCCAGGCUUGGCUGAAAUAUGACUUUCCCGGACGAGAAAGAGAAGGCAUGAAGUACAGUCCUCUGAAAUGGCGUGCGGAGCACUUUAGCGGCACGGAUUGGGAUCAGAGGUCGCAAAAGAAUGCGAUUUACAACAUUAUAAAGGCACAGUAUGCGCCAGCUACUCGACCAGGAAAGGGCUGGAUGGAGGACGUCGACAAGACAUUUGGCAACUAUGACUACCUCCUCUUCUCGAACAUCUACUACGCCCACCCAGAGGUCAGACAAGACGUGCUACGAUGGGGUCAGUGGAUGAUCGAGGAGACCGGCGUAAAUGGAUUCCGUCUAGACGCAGCACAGCACUUCUCAUGGAGCUUCACUCGCGAGUGGAUCAGCAACGUACAUCAAGCAAGUCGGAGGAAGUAUGGGAAGGAUGCUUUCAUUCUCGGCGAAGUCUUAUCUGGCGAAGUGGGUAGAAUCCUUCGAUGGCUGGAUUUCGUCACGCCUGCUGGUUGCGGUCACUCCCAAGCUUGGGCAUUUGACGCACCACUUUUCUACAGUUUCAGUCGGAUCAGUGAAGAUGUUCGCAAAGGCAGCAAGAAUGCUGAUCUCAGAACACUCUUGUCUGGACCUGGAGAUCCUGACAAGGCUUCAUUGGUAUCCAUACGACCAUGUCAGGCUUUCACGUUUGUUACGAAUCAUGACACGCAGACGAAUCAAAGCAGCUACACGCCUAUGGAUCAGGGCCUGAAGAGCUUGUUCUAUGCUUUCAUUUUGCUCAGACGCGAAGGAAGGCCCUGCGUAUUUUGGGGCGAUCUGUACGGAACUUUGGGUGACAAAAAGACCAGGCCAGAAGGACCAGCGUGUCGCACAUCGACACGCUGUCUUCUGCCAAGUCUCAUGAUCGCUCGCAAAAUAUGUGCGUAUGGUGAGCAGAGAGAUUACUUUGACUCCAUGUCUUGCAUCGGCUGGACUCGGUCUGGAACCCAUGAUCGCCCGGGAUGUGUGGUGAUCAUGAGCAUUGGCAAGCCAGAUAAGUGGACGAUCAAGAGAAUGACUGCUGGAAGACCAGGAGAGAGAUGGGUCGAUGUGCUCAGUGAAAGAGAAGCACGACCUGAAGUCGUCAUUGACGAGAAAGGCGAGGGAAUCUUCGCUGUCAAGGGUAGAACUGUCAGCGUAUACGUGAGAGGAGAUUGCGAGGCUGGAAAAUUCCCUGUCUUAUUCAAUCACGAUGUGUACAGUCAAUGA